GUGGAAGAAAUUGUUGAUAUAGGAGCAUUUGCCCCGGAAGACAUUCAUGUACCUAAAAUCUAUGUUGAUCGUCUGAUACAAGGAGAGAAGUUUGAGAAGAGAAUUGAACGCUUAUCAAUCCGAAAGCCUGAAGACUCAAAAGCCAAACAAAAACAAGGAGACAAUGUGAGGGAGAGGAUUAUCAGACGGGCGGCUUUAGAGUUUGAGGAUGGCAUGUACGCUAAUCUGGGUAUUGGAAUCCCACUGUUGGCCAGUAACUUCAUCAGUCCAGACAUAACUGUUCACCUACAGAGUGAAAAUGGAGUCCUGGGUUUGGGUCCUUAUCCACUUGAAAAUGAAGUUGAUCCAGACCUGAUUAAUGCAGGUAAGGAGACAGUUACUGUUCUUCCAGGUUCUUCCUAUUUCUCUAGUGAUGAAUCAUUUGCAAUGAUAAGAGGAGGCCAUGUUGAUUUGACAAUGCUUGGAGCUAUGCAGGUGUCUAAGUACGGUGACCUGGCCAACUGGAUGAUUCCU